GCAACUACUCCCUGUCUCGAGUUCUGCCCCAGAUAUAUGCUGUCAAGAAGGAACCUAUCCAUGACCAUGUUAUGACUUUGGUUUCCCUUCUGCCACAGUGUGAUACCAAUGAAAAACUUGGACUUCUCAUGCUUUUUUCCCUUGUUGCUAAGAACAGACCUGCGCUACUGGAACCAUCAUUACCACAACUAGUGGAGUGUCUCAGCAUAAGUGGUACUUCUAUGGCCACACUACAGAUAUUUGUAGAAUUGUGCUCGUGGCGACCAGGCCCUUUCACAGAGCAUGUGACCAGAUUAAAGAGUAUUAUUGAACAGCAACCUCAUUGUUUGGCACUAGCUCUGCAGGUAAUGGCAGCUGUGGGCAGACUCAGCAAAGAGAAGGGAAAGAGCGCCCUUGACUACAUUGCUCAGCAGCUCCCAAAAGUUGACUCUGCAAAUUUGGGAGUUGUACUGAGGGAGGUGCAGGUGUUGUGCAGUCAGUACCCAGCUCUUUUGGUGGAGUCAGAGUCCUUACUCACUGCCGUCAACAAAUGCAUGGACCGUGCCAAUGUAUCCGCGCGGGUGUAUAUCCAGCAGCUAAAUAAUGAGUACAAUGAAAUUAGAAAUACUAAUGUUAACCAUACACCUGGAGGUGUAACAAUUGUGCGUGUGGGUGGAGGGGGUGGUAAUAGAACAGAAGCCUUGGUUGGCUCCAGUCGCACGGACAUUAGCCUACCCUCACGAGAUCUUGCCAUCUUUCAACCACACACUUCAACCACAGCCAAUGCAGGGAAGUUUGGCCACAAGUAUCAGAAGCAUAGUGAUACCUCUCGCAGCACUGGACGUCUGGUCACGGCUUCAAAUAGGUCCAUGCCCAGGCUGAAUGCUUUACCACAGAGCACUGGCCGUCUAGGUUCCUCUACAAUCCAGCUUGACAAAUCCAUGACACGCAUCAGUUCAUCUCAUGGCUUGCAUAUGAAUCGGUCCAUAACAGUGUUAGCACCUCCCUCCCGUCUGUUUUCUGGUCAUUUGGGGCCAAGUUCUGGCCAUCUCCCAGGGUCAACCAUAGGCCACCACAUGGGGGGCUCACAGGUUGGGGGUUCACAAAUAGGGGGUUCACGCUUGGUGUCAAGUCCCCCACCUCCAGCUGGGGUUCCUAUGUCCACAGUCUCACCAUUGCCUGGUACAGUAAGCCCAGCAAAGAGCAUGAGUUCCUCUUUAGCAACACUGAGAGAAGGAACUGGAGAGCUUGGGGCAUCAUCAGGUGUUUUAGGAUCCCAUCAGUCUCAGGCUACCUUGCUGCCCCCUGAUGUGUCCCAAAACACGGCAGUCACACACACAGGGCAUCAUACACUCUCACUCCCACUGCACUUGUCCUCUAGAGAGCUUGCCCCCUCAACUUCACCAGCCCCGGUGUCCAGUGUCGGGAGUGUCGUCUCUCACCUCCGACACUCCCAGUCCCCACUCUCUUUACCCCCUUCCACAGCCUCCAUCUCGCCCGCCCCUACCACUGCAACCACUACACUACACUCUCCCACUGUGAGUUCUGUCACAACCAGUCAUGCAGUGGCAACAAGGUCCAAUACCACAUUAACACACAUCACCCAUGAUCCUCACACAACUACAACAAACGCAUGUACACAGAGAAUCAGUGUCUUUGAGCCCUUUGCUAUGCGUGAUACAGUCCAGCACUUCUGCGAGAAACACCUUGAUAAAAUCAAGGCAUAUAUGCAGAAGGUUUUUGUUAAACUUCCUCUACCAAUACGCUGUGGUAUAGAAGAGAGGAAGAACAAGAAACAUGCAAAGCUUUACUUUGCCUGUCAGGGGAAAGGGGAACACUGCCUCUACAGCAAACAUUUCUUCACUAUGAAAACCCGAAAUCCAAGAAUUUGGAUACACCUCAUGUUCCUUGCACUUCAGGCACGAUCAUCUGUAGCACUUAGCACUCGAGAAACACAAGUGAGCAGUCUUAAAAAUUGCUGGGAUAUACUCAAGUGUGACACAAAGACGUUUGUGACUUUGGUAACCUCAGCAUUCCCAUCGGCAAAGGAUAUGGACAUGCUGUUACAUGAGUUACGAAAUGCAAGGUUCUUUGAUGUGUUUGAGUACAAUGGUGUUGAACAGCAAUGGGGUUGCUUUCUCUGUAACCAUCCUGACAGGGCGCGGGGCUUUGUCGAUGAGGACACACCAGUGAUAGAGGGGCAACUCAAAGAGAAGAAGAGCAAGUGGAAAAUUUUCCGCAGGUGGCGAACUCGGUACUUCACGCUCUCAGGGGCUCAUUUGUCCUAUAGGGGGGCUGGCACGGAACAGGACAAGGUGGAGGAAAAGGGAGGAAUUGACGUGCACCAGAUACGCAGUGUAAAGGUGAACAGAGGUGGCAGCAGACACAUUCCCAAAGCAUUUGAAAUAUUUACUGAUAACAAGUCAUUUGUUCUUAAGGCCAAGGAUUCCAGUAAUGCAGAGGAAUGGGUACGAUGUCUCUCCAUUGUUGUUGCCCAUUCGCACUCACGGGAAGAGCAGAGCCACGGGGCUCCUAAAACUACCACAUCCAUUCCUCGCAGCUUCAUGUAUGGACACCACUCCUCUACUAUGCGCACAGCUGUUUAGACAUUGUCAAGCCAAUAGUUUCAGAGGGCAGCUUGUUAUUGUUAUUUUAAAUUCUUUUUCCCAAAUCUCUUUGUAUGUAGACCCCUUUUUAGGGUAUAAAAAAUUAUCUCUUGC